ACGAAAAAUAUCAAUGAUUCGGCAUAAAUGCCUAAAUAAAUUAGGCAUAUUAUUAUCUGUGGUUGUAGAAGAAGCGAGAAAAUUCCGUAUCCGACGAAGUGUCAAUUUAUUUGUUUUAUGCGGUCUUUGCAGUGCGGUUUCCUAGUAUUUUAUUAGAAACUUUAUCAGUGAUAGUCAAGAAAAAUGAGUUGUCCAUUCAACGAGGAGCAACUGACGCAGUUGAAAGCAUUUGUAGAGUUUUGCAAAGGCGAACCGCAGAUAAUACACCAUCCAAAAUUAGCUUUCUUUAAAGAAUAUCUGGCUUCACUGGGUGUCACGAUUCCCGGCCCAACACCUAGUGCUAAGAAUUUUACCCCAUCAGGAGAUAAUUACAGCAAUGCAUCAAACAACAAUUCUGAGGAAGCAGCUGCAGCUUCUUCCGGUGAAGAGUCCUCGGCAGAAUCUGAUGUGGAAUUGGACAUGGAAGGUGUCAUAGAUGCAGACACAGUGGACAGUGCUCAGGUUAUGGGAGAUGAGACCAAAGAGGUGACCGAUGAGGAACGAGACCAGUCCGAUGAGAAGAGGUCUCAGGCCAUGAAGGCUUUCUCCGAGCAACAGUAUGAUGAAGCCAUCAAACUGUACAAUGAAGCUAUUGAGCUUAACCCACAGAGUGCUUUACUUUUCGCUAAACGAGGACAGAUCUACCUUAAGAUGAACAAACCAAAUGCCUGCAUCAAAGACUGCACUCGCGCUCUGGAACUGAACUGCGACAGCGCCGCUGCUUAUAAAUUCCGUGGACGUGCUUACAGGUUACUGGGCAAGUUCGAGGAAGCAUCUCAUGAUCUCUGUGAAUCUCUGAAAAUUGACUAUGAUGAUCAAACCAAUGAAUGGCUGAGUGAGGUCAAACCCAAUGCUGAGAAACUGCGCCAACACAAGCUCAGUGUGCAACGCAAGAAGGAAGAGAGAGAACAUCGCGAAAAGCUGCGCAGGGCUCGUAAAGCUCAGGAGGCCAGAGCUCGCGCCGCGCGUGCACAAGCUGAAGCCAACGCUCGCGCCCCGCCCACCGGGGCUGGCGGCUUCCCAGGCGCAGGUGGCUUCCCCGGCGCGGGUGGCUUCCCGGGAGCCGGAGGCUUCGGAGGCGCGGGUGGCGGCGGCUUCCCAGCAGGACUCAACCCUCAGGACUUCAGCAACCUCCUGUUCGAUCAGGAGAUCAUGUCUGCAUUCCAGGACCCAGAGGUCGCCGCAGCAUUCCAAGAUGUUUCGUCCAACCCGGCUAACUUCGUCAAGUAUCAGAAUAAUCCCAAGAUUGCUGCAGUUAUAGAAAAAUUGCAAACAAAACUCGGAAAAGGCGGUGCUGGCGGUUUCCCAGGUUUCGGCGGCGCCGCACCAGGAGCGGGAGGGCCGAAGGCUCCCACAGAUGACGACGUUGGUCUUGACUAGAUUACACCAUCGCCUAUGCAAUAUUUGGUAUCAAAUUAGUAAUCAGAAUUGCAAAUUCACUAGGUAUAUAAAAUACUGUAUAACACACUUAUAAUAUGGAGUGGGUAUCAUAAUUAUCUAUGUGAAAACAUAAACCCAUGUGUAUAUUUUAAGCAUUCUUUAAGAAUUAUUUUUGUUCAGAUUGUUUUUCUUUUGUAGAUUUGGCAAACCUUUGUAGUGCAAAGCUAGCUAGCAGCAACUAGUCGCUAUAUGGUGCGUAUAUAAUAUAUUGGGCCUCAAAAUUUAAAUAAUACGUGUGUACUAGGUUCUCAACAAGCACAUGAUAUAAAAUUUAUUACCAUCAAAUCUAUGGUUGCAUUUAUUGAAACUAAGUAUUCUGAAUAUUUUACUUAAGUAUUUAGUUUUCAUUAUGCCAUAUAAAUUGAGUCAAAAUUAAAUUAUGAUUAACUUUCUAA